CGUCACCUUCAUUCCAACCUUACUUAACUUCUCCCAACUUUUCAUCAUUCGACUUCUUGUCAAUUAACUCAAGUCAAGAUGGACAUGGGAGGCAUGACUAUGUCGCCUACUAUGGCUAUGCCAAUGGCAACCACCACGACUACUGCCGCCGCGGUUACUACUACUGCCAUAAAUAUGAGUGACAUGGACAUGGGCGGAAUGGGUGAAAACGCUCAUCACUGCAAGAUUUCGAUGCUGUGGAAUUGGAAUACCAUUGACGCAUGCUUCCUGUCGCCCACCUGGCAUAUCAAGUCCCAGGGCAUGUUCGCUGGCUCUUGCAUUGGCGUUAUCCUCCUCACUAUUGUGCUCGAGGUUCUUCGCCGUGCUGCUAAGGAGUACGACCGCUCCCUCAUCAAGAAGCACGCUCAGCAUGUCGCCCUUACCAGCUCUCAUACUAGCAAUGUCAAUGAUGCCAACAAGGCCAACCAGGUUCAUGAGGUCAACGACAGUGACCGACCUUUUCCCAACGAUGACGGACAAUCGCCAUCCAACGGCCCUGUGUUCCCCGUCGGAUAUCGCCCCAAGUUGCUCGAGCAAGCUAUCCGCGCUCUCCUUCACACGGCUCAGUUCAUUGUCGCCUACUUUCUCAUGCUACUUGCCAUGUACUACAAUGGUUACAUUAUCCUCUGCAUCUUCAUUGGUGCUUACAUUGGCAGCUUCAUCUUCCAGUGGGAGACGCUUGGCGGUGGUAAGCAGACCAAUGCUGUCGGUGAGGUUACCGUUUGCUGCGGUUAAACUGAAUGUCUCCAUGAAGAAUGUCACUAAGCUGUCGACAAAGUGCAAGCUUAGUUGAUGUCUUUUAAUGCAGGUGAAUGGUUUAUAGUGAGCUGGAUUGAUUCUGAUCAUUGAGAUAUGGAUUGCUUUUUGCACACGUUCUAUGCUGGUUACCAGAUAGUUAUUGAACCAUGCUAGAUCUUGUGAUUUCCCACAAUCAAAACUUGAUAAUGAAGA